AUGGCCGACACGGAUCUCCCGUCAAAGAUUAAACUCGUCAUCAGGGAGGUCCAUGGGAAGGUCAAUCGUCUCAACACGGCCCGCAUCCCGCUGUGCUUGCCGCCUCGAGCCGAAUCGCCGGCCCUCUACACCCUGGGCCUCUCCCGCUAUGCAGAAAUUUACCGGGGCCUAGAGGAGGUGUGGCAUGCCCAGAUCGGCGACGGUGCCGAGUGCAUGGGAGACAUCAGCAACGAGCCGAGCUCGUACGGGACUGACAAGGAGAGGAUCCAGGCGGUCCUGCGAAUGAUAUACCUCCCCGAGCUUUUGCGAACAAAGAGGCUGCAGGCGGAUUUCGCCGCUCUGAAGCAGCUGCAUCGGGCUGCCGCCAGCGUCGACACGACAAGAGGCAACGCGGGCACCGAGUUCCGCAGAUACAUCGAGGACUACAUCCCCACGAAGCCGCAUCUCCUCGUGGUCUACGCAUGGAUCAUGUACCAGGCCCUGUUCAACGGCGGGCGCUUUAUCCGCAAGCAGCUCGUCAAGGCUGGUCCGGAAUUCUGGGGCCUGUCUGCCGCAGAGAUGGAUCCGUCUGCUGCCCUCCCGCCGCCGCUGUCGUUCUGGCGUGUAGAAGAGGAGGCGUCCGUCGAGGCCCGGUUCAGAGACCGUGUCGUCACGGCAGGCAAGCUGUUGACCGAGCGGGAGAGACUAGAGAUUUAUGACGAAGCGCUCGAGAUUUUUCGUCGCUGCCAACUGAUUACGAUACAACUCGACGAGGACGCCAAGGUCGGCGGGGGCUGGUGA